GUGCAUUCAUUUUAUUGAUUUUUCGAUAAUGAUACGCUCGAUCUCUUUGCUUUUAUUAUAAGGAAAGAUAAGCUUCGCGAUGUUUUAAUUCCAAUUUGACUUUCGCAACAAAAUGCAUUCAUGUUGCGAAAUGCAAUGAAAUGUGCUAGUUAGUAAAUGUUUAAAUGUUAAGUUAGCUUCAAAUAGAAUUGCCUCUUCGAGUUAUAUGUUCCGUGCAUUUCUCUAAUGUGUCGAUGACGAUGAUCGUCUUUUCUCUCCCUUCGUGACUCAUAAGAUUCGAAUCGGUUUCUCCUACUUGAGAGGGCUUCUGGCUGCAGUAGAGGGGUCCGGCAGCGAGAUACAGCGAGCUUAUCAGUUGGUGUGCGACUGCAGUGCAUUGCUGUGGAUCGUGUUGCAUCCUGUAUCUCGAGUGCUUCGUGACGGGAAAUAACGUGCUCUAUUUCAAAGCGAAGGGGGGCCUGAACGUUGUAUAUUAAAAUCGACGGUGGUGUAUCGUCGGAAAUUUUCUCUCUUUCUCUCUCUCUUUCUCCACUCUUUCCCCAUCGAAGCUUCACCGACCUGUGUGCGUGUCGGAUGCGUGACAGCGACGAGAAGCGACGAGGAAGUCACGCAAGCAACAACGGUAACGCGUGGACGUUUUUAUUUGCCACACGCGAUAUUACCAUGAUUUGUUCGAUCGCGGCAAAUGUAUCUGCAAACAUGGAUAAUCGCGAUAGCGCACCUAACUUAUGCCCAGCACGUCGUCGCCAAGCACGGGCUAUGCAACGGCUACAAGUCCGGCGAGGACGAUCUUCAGACGUUCGAGUUUAUCAGCAAGCUGAAAUUGGAUCUGCUGGACAUGCGUUACAGCGGCAUGACGAAGGUCCGGGGCAGUGAUCGCACACAGACGGCGUACCGGCUAGAGAAAGGCACUGAUGUCACCCUCCCGACGAAGAAUAUCACGCUCAGCGAGCUUCCAGAAGAAUUCUCGUUGGUGUAUACAUUGAGAGCUAGGAAAUCACCGAAGUAUCCUUGGCACGUCAUUAAGAUAACGAACGCGAAUGGUGACGCUCAGUUUCUCAUCACGAUGAAUUCCCGAAAGCGAACGCUGGAUUUUUCGUUAAUCGAUCACGAGGAAAAAUUACAAACGAUCUCUUUCCUUAAUUAUCGUGUGUUCGACAAGGGUUGGCACAAGGUAAACUUCGGGGUGUUCAAGGAUAAGCUAGUUCUCAACGUCGACUGCGAAUUCAUUGGCGUGGAAGAUUUAAAACCACACAACUCGAUUAAAGUCGACGGGAACAUAUCAAUAGCCAAAAUGAGCAAUAGUAAGAUCACUGUACCGAUCGACCUGCAAUGGAUGGUUCUAAAUUGCGAUCCAAUGAGACACGAGAGAGAAACGUGCAAAGAAUUACCGAAGGCAAUAGAAGCUGCUUCACUUCAAAUAAAACCUACCUGUGAUACGAUCUGUCCACAAGGAUCACCUGGAUUUAAUGGUACAAACGGAUUUCCCGGUCCACCUGGGCCACCCGGAGCACGAGGACCUAUUGGUGCGACAGGCUCGCCUGGAUUUCCAGGGCAACGUGGAUCGUCAGGGGAACAAGGAAAUACAGGAGCUCCAGGUAAUAUUGGCGCCAGAGGUUUCCCGGGAUUGCAAGGUUUUAAAGGAUCGAUCGGCCCCGUGGGACCACCGGGUUUACCAGCACAAAAGGGUGAAAGAGGCGAUAUGGGAUUCCCGGGUCUAAAAGGAGACCAGGGUAUUCGAGGGCUUCCGGGCCCUCCAGGGAAUAUGAGCCAUUUUUCAUAUUUUCUUGGAUCGCCAGAAUACAAGGGUGAGAAAGGAGCCAAAGGUGAACGAGGGGAUAACGGCGUUCAAGGACGGCCGGGUGAAAAAGGCGAACCUGGAGAUAGGGGAUUUCCAGGAUCAGCUGGAAUCGACGGUGCACCAGGUAUUCCUGGUUUUCCGGGACCUCCUGGUCCUCCUGGACCCAGAGGCAGCAAUGUAUUUACGAACACUUCCAGUAUUCCAGGACUACCAGGCUCACCAGGACUGCCAGGAUUGCCGGGACCUCCUGGUAGGCCUGGAUCGAAGGGCGAUAUCGGAGAACGUGGUCGAGAUGGCAUACCGGGAUUGUCAGAUAAUAGCGUCGUACCUGGCCCUGAGGGACCUAUCGGUCCUCCUGGCCUUGACGGUCUCCCAGGUGCAAUCGGACCGAUAGGCCCUCCAGGGCUAUCUGGAGAUCCAGGAAAGGCUGGAGAUCCAGGAUUACCGGGACCGCAGGGACUUCCAGGACCACGUGGAGAACCGGGGUCUCCAGGGUCUCGAGGUUUAGAUGGGCGCACAGGAUACCCAGGAAUCCCAGGAAUGAUAGGCCUGAAGGGUAACAAGGGACUGGAGGGCGAACGAGGUCCCGUCGGACCUCGCGGGCUGCCAGGAAAUUCGGGCUCAACGGGCUCACCAGGAACACAAGGUUUACCAGGAAUGGACGGUCUACCCGGUCUACCCGGCCCUCCGGGAUCAAUAGGGCCACCGGGACCUCCAGGUCCUCCCGGUCUUUCAGCUACGAAUAGCAGCUUUGAUAGCAUCGGUAUUCCUGGUCUUGAGGGACCUAGAGGUCCACCAGGUCUUCCAGGCGUACCAGGUGAAAAAGGAGCUCCUGGAGAACGAGGACUAGAAGGUCCGCCAGGAUUCCCUGGAAUGCGCGGUGCAGACGGACCGCCUGGAUUUCAAGGCCCUCCCGGGAAAAGGGGUGAAACGGGAUUACCCGGCCCUCAAGGUCUGCCGGGACGUAGUAUAAGCGAGGCGGAAAUUCGCGAUAUUUGCACCAAUGUUCUGAGAGAGAGACUGAAAGAAUUAACAGAGGGUCUACGAGGGCUGCCCGGAUUACCGGGACCGGCUCGACACGGCCGUCCCGGUCAGGCCGGAAUGCGGGGCAUUCCAGGCGAUCCGGGACCGCCAGGUUUGCCGGGAGAACGUGGAUUCGUCGGCUUUCCGGGCAUGCAGGGUCUCAUCGGUCCGGUGGGAUCACCUGGCGAGCGUGGAGAAAAGGGGGAUAGAGGUCCUGAAGGAAUUGGUUCGGAAGGCCCGCCUGGUCCAACAGGUCUACCAGGACCUCCUGGUAAUGACGGCGUUGGUUUACCCGGAAAGCAGGGGGACAAAGGUGAACCAGGUAGACAAGGUUUUCCUGGUUUGGGAGGGCCGCCAGGAAUUCAGGGACCACCCGGAUUUUGCGAAUUCUGCAAUUAUCCUGGCAGCAAUUACUUGCACAAUCGUGGCAACGAGAAAGGUCCUUGAUAAGCUGUAUAGGAACUAAUUUCUGAACACGUAGCGGAAGGAGCACUGCUAAGAGAGAUCGUUGAGAGAAGUUAUUCGAUGUAUUUUCUGACACGAGUGUCUUUAUAAUUUGGCGCUCAAUAGCGAAAAAAAAUCUUUACAAGUCCCUUAUGAAGGGACCGCCAUGUAAAGCUAGCGAUUCUCUGAAUUACAUUUUGUAGUUACUUCAAAUUCAAUAUAUUAUUCAAUAAA